CGUUAGAGCUACUGUAGGCUGCAUUAAUACAUCACUUGCUGAAGAAAUAGUGAAUGCGUGCUCCUUGAUUCAAUCGAUGUUACACGUUCGAUCAGCUGUUUCUUAAAUUGUUUCAAAGAUCUCUUGCUGAAAAAUACGAUCUCAUCUACUAUCUCAUCUACUAUCUCAGUGUCCUCAUUUACAAUAUCAGUCUUUUAUUAAAAUCAGUCAAAGCCUGUUUACCCUAAAGCAAACAUGAAGACCAAGUUCAUUAAUGGGGUUUCGUCUUCCCCCUCGAUGUCUUUGGGGUUACUGGUCACUGAAAACGAGCUUCAAGUACAGCCUGAUACCGAAUCUGAAUGCGACAUUAUUCGACCAGAGGAGCCCGACGAACAAACGAAGCAUAAGGCAUAUCUUUGGUGUAAAGAAUUUCUUCUCGGAGCCUGGAAAACGGUAGAUGAGGAGGACUUUCAAAUCACCAUUAUAAGGGGGGGCCUGAGUAACAAGCUGUUCCUCUGCUCCUUGCCGGAAAAAGUACAAAGUGUGGGAGAUGAACCCCGAAGCAUCCUUCUUCGCUUGUAUGGAGCGAUUCUACAGAUGUCCUGUAAUAAAGGAGAGUCCAGACAGUCAGACAAAGAAAAUCUCUUUCAAGGAGCUGAGGCCAUGGUUCUGGAGAGCGUGAUGUUUGCCAUCCUUGCUGAGCGAGAGCUAGGCCCUAAACUCUAUGGAAUCUUUCCCCAGGGAAGAUUGGAGCAGUUUGUUCCCAGCAGAAAACUGGCCACAGACGAGCUGAGUAUUCCCAGCAUAUCAGCUGAAAUAGCUGAGAAGAUAGCCAAAUUUCACGGAAUGAAAAUGCCCUUUAACAAGGAACCCAAAUGGCUGUUUGGCACCAUGGAAAAAUACUUGAACCAAGUGCUGCGGCUCACCUUUAUCAGAGAGUCCCAGAUUCGCAAGUUUGCUCUUCUGCUGAGCUACAAUCUUCCCCAAGAGCUGGAGAAUCUUAAGUGUCUGCUGGACUCCACUCACUCUCCGGUUGUUUUUUGCCACAAUGACUGUCAGGAAGGUAACAUCUUGCUCCUGAGUGGCCGUGAAAAUUACGACAGGCAGAGGCUUAUGCUGAUUGACUUUGAAUACAGCAGUUAUAACUACAGAGGGUUUGAUAUUGGAAACCACUUCUGUGAGUGGAUGUAUGACUACAAUUGUGACAAGUCUCCAUUUUUCAAAGUUAACCCCAACAACUAUCCCACCAAAGCUCAACAGAUGCAUUUCUUUGGAAACUACUUAGCAGAAUAUGACAACGGAUUUGACAACCUGAGUGAAGAGGACCAGCUGAGGCUCAAAGAGGAGAUGCUGGUAGAAGUCAAUAGGUUUGCUUUAGCCUCUCAUUUCUUUUGGGGUCUGUGGUCCAUCAUCCAGGCUAGAAUAUCCACCAUAGAAUUUGGAUACAUGGACUAUGCUCUGGCCAGGUUUGAUGCAUACUUUGACCUGAAGAAAAAACUUGGGGUCUGAACAGAGAGUAUUUUAUUUUGACACGGAUAGAGCAGAGAGGGACCAGCUGAUAACAGGUUGAGAGAUAAAGACUGGGUGUAUAUGCCUGGGUUUUUUUUUAUUUGCCUAAAAUGGGAUGUGCUGCCCUGUGAUGGUUGCUAGUGCUGCUUGGACCAAAUUAAUACCAUAUCUUUAUCGGGCUGAACUCUGCUCCUGUAUUCUGUCAGCCUUUACAUUACUCGGUGUGUGUUCGCAAGGUAAACGUUUAUGGUUUAUCAAAGAAAUAUCCUGCUCUUUAAAAAAAAGGAAACACUAAAAGAAUUGCUUCAGAUUUCAGAAACAAGCUGGAAAAAAUACUUUAUACUAUACUCACUGGUGGAAAACAUAAUUAAUGCAAAUCGUCUGAUAGCACUUAUAGUCCACGAGAGAGUUUCUCAUGACAGAAUAUUCUGGUCACUUGUACACAACUAUUGAUCAUGAUACUGUGAAAAAGUAUGUGAGAGGCAAUAGCCAGACUGGUACAGAUAUUGAUACUGUGGCUAAAAUCAUUCCCAUUACUGUUUGUGAUUUUUCACCCUUGUCUGUACAUUCAUGCACUUUCUCUAACAGUUUACUGUAUGUAUUUUUUUUCAUAUGAAACUACCACUCAGACAUUUUAUUACAUCGUAAACUACCACUCAUAUUUUGUAUUACAGUAUUGAGCUUAAUAUUGUGAGCAGAGCUUAGGAGAUGAUGAAAUUGCACACUUGAUCCUCAAUCACCUUGUCAUCACCACAUGGUGUGACAAUUAACCCACUCAGUGUUGUGCAGAUUGGACUUUGUCAGGUGAAAGGGAAAAUAUGGCUGUCACAUCUAUUCAUUAUAUGUA